ACGGACGUGCUUCCAAAACUCGUAGUAGCGGAUACUGAACGGAAGGGAAGGGAAAAGUGUUUUGAACAAUUAACUGGCAAGCUAACAGAGUCUUUAACGAUGCAGGAAAAAUUGGUCAAAGAAAACGCGCAAUUGGAAGGUGGAAAGUACAAACUAGAAGAAGCGUUGCUAGAAAAAGAUACAGCUCUCGAAAGUUUACAGAAGAAGGUAUGCGGUCUGCAAGCAGAAAUGCGUAUAAUUGUCAAAGAAAAUAUGGAGUUGAGUCGCCAAUUGGCUACUUUAAAUCAACUAGUGAUUAGACCUACUUGCUGUUACACGUACCCAGGUGUUACUCCGUCUUCGCCAUCAACGUCACCGACGUUAUCUUCGCGUCCGCAUGUCAGCGCGCAAUCUCGAGACGACGUUUACUACCGAUGCAAAUGUUGUUUGCGAUCGCCAUACCCUGACACUUUAUCACCAACUACGGAAACUGCAUGCAAUUCGCCGAGGCUUACAGGAGGUGGAUCGCCAACAGAGGAACGUUAUUUCGCAGAUAACAACGAUUUGCAAAACGUAGAGAUGUGUUCUCGAGGUCCAGCCGUUAAAUUGCUUCCUCGGGGAACAUGUCCUGCAGAAUUGGAAACAUAUGGCAGUAGUACUAAACAAUUAGAACAACAAUUAGGUAGUAUGGAGACCGAGGUACGUAACAUGCAGAUGGAAUUAGCAAAUGUGCAGCGGGAACGACAACAAUUGGAACAGCAACGUAAAUUGCUCAAAUGCACAGGAUCUUAUGCACCGUGCGCUUGUUGCCCACCUCCGACUUCGACAUGUAUGACACCCACGUCAGGACUUCCGUUAAUGGGAAUUUCCAAAGUAUCUGCAAUGUCUGCGAUGCCUCUCACCCAGACUACGCAGGCUGCACCUCUAAUGUGCACUGGUUCUUGUACAAACGCUACCAUGGGCACUAGUACUUGCGUUCAACAAUUACGCGAUCUUCGUGAACAAUACGCCCGGCUUCAAGAUGAUUAUAAAAGUAAGUUGUGUGAGGUAUCGUGUAUGAGGACAGAAGCAGAGAAAUUCAAACAAGAUUUGCGCGAUGCAAAGGAAGAGAAGGAACGAAUGGAGAUAAAACUGAUAGACGUUCAAGAACGAUUAAAAUUUCUAGAAACAGAAAAGGGAAAAUUUGAAGGUCAUAAGGAACAUCUCAUUGAACAGGAACAAGCUCUGAUGGUGGCGAAACAACGCUUUCGAGAAGCGCAAGAAGAAUUAGAGGAACUUCGUUCCUUGAUUCAAGAUCAAGCUGCUCAAUUGGAAGAUUAUCGCAAUAAAUAUUUGCAAGCCCAGCAACAAGUUGAAGAACAGCGUAGACAACUAGACCUCAUGGAAAUGGACAAUGCACGAAUGAACGAGAAUGUUACUUUGGAAAUCGGACGUGUUAAAAAUCAAUUUCAAGAAAAAUUAGCCGAGCUUGCACCGUUGCCUGAUAUCUUGAAACAAAUGCAAAUGAAGAUGCAGGAAGCGCAACAGAUGCGCUUAGUCGCUGAACGUAGCUGUGAGGAUCUGUCGCGAGAAUUGCUAGGAUACAAAGAUAAGAUUCAAACUUUGCAAAAUCAAUUGGAUGUAUUGCGCACUGAGCAUCAAACACUUCAGGAUGAAAGGGGACUUGGUUCUGACAAGUCUGAAGAGAUGGAAAAAAAGUGUGGUGAGUUGCGACACGAAAACGAAAGAAUGAAAAACACAUUGGCACGAUUUGAGGAACAUGAAACACAGUUGCAAAAACGUGUUGACGAGAAAAUGCACGAAAACACGCAAUUGUCAUCAAUGUUGGAACAGAUAAGGGAAGAUUCCGCUAGACAAGUAGCAAGAACAAAAGAGCGAUGUGAAACUAUGCGAAGAUCGAUGCAAGGCCAAAUUGCCGAAAUGGAAAGGCAAUUGGCACAGUGUAGAGCAACAGCGCGUGCCGCCCAACGAGACAGAGAUGAGAUCAGACAAAAGAUGCAGAGUCAAAUAAAUAACUUAAACGAGGCAUUUAAACAUGCGCAAGGCCGUAUAAAAUCAUUACAGGGUCAUGUAAACUAUCUCAAGACUUCUUACAGCAAUAUCUUUCUCGGACAAGGAGAAGCACCGACAAGUGCUUUGCCAGUAGACGAUUCUUGCGAUUGCAACUAUUAAAUGCACAUGAUU